UAUGUUGUGUGGUUCCAUUAACAUAAUACUUGAAGAUACAUAGUAGCACUGUAACCUUUCAUAGUGUUUUAUAACAAGGGCUCUGGGUCCAGACAUUUUCUACUCUCUACUAUUGCUAAUGGCAACAGCAGGCCUAGACUCCAUUCUGCUUUUCUGGUGUUCCAGUUUUGGCAGUGGGCAUUGCCUGUCAAAAAUAAAAUCCAUCCUCAAACCCUUCCCUCAGAUCUGUUCUGUUAAAUAUGACUCCUCAUUUUUUUAAGUGUAUAUUUAAAAUUUUUAGAUAGGAAAAAUUUCAUAAGUUCAUGAUUUUAGCUUUUUAAAAUUUUCUCGUUAACCUUUUUUUUUUAAAAUUAUUUUCGUAUGUGUGUAUUUGUAUGUGUUUAUGCAUGAGUAUAGAUGUGUGGGCAUCCAUGACACAGUGUACAUGUAGGCUUUCCACUAUUUGAAUUCUGCGGACUGAAUUCAGGUUAUCAGCCUUGGCAAUAAGAGCCUUUAUCCACUGUAUUACCAGCCCCCUUAAGUUAAUCUUAAUGUCAAGUGUUCAGUAAAAAUUCGUGUCAUUUAUGUAAAGAGAUAAUGAUUCUGUGAGGUUUAGCAAGAGGCUAACAGUCGUCACUUAUUUUUUUUUUUAAACCAGAUAAGAAUAUGUGAGGUGUUCUGGUCAAUGCUGUCAUUUGUCUGAAAGCUACUCAGAUUCCAGAGAUAGCACUUAGAUUGGUAAAGCCUUUUGGAAUUUAGUUUGUUCUUUUUUUAAAAAAAGAUUUAUUUAUUCUAUGUAUAUGUACACUAUAGGUGUCUUUAGACAUACUAGAAGAGGGCAUCAGAUCCCACUACAGAUGGUUGUGAGCCACCAUGUGGUUGCUGGGAAUUGAACUCAGGACCUCUGGGAGAGCAGUCAGUGCUCUUAACCUGAAGCAAUCUCUAAAGCCUGGCCUUUUGGAAUUUUAACUGCUGAAUCCAUUUGAAUUCCCCAGGAAUACCUACCAAAUUCUACCAAAGGAAGAAGAAGGAGGAUUUCCUCUGAUUCUUGAAAUGGGGAGGUACAUAAUAGUUUGGAAAUUAGGGCCUCAGAGUUGUCAGGGCUUCUGUUUCCUUCAUGAAAAUCUCAGUCCAUCCCCACCCGUCUGCUUACCUUCUUUGUGUAAGUUAGGUGAAUAUAUCUAUCAUGUUGUUGCAAGUCUUUUCUCCCAGCUUUUCUGAGGCAGAAUGUUGGCAUGUAGUCCUGACUGAUCUUAAACUUAUAAUCCUCCUCCUUCAGACUUGUAAGUGGUGGGCUACAGGUUUGUGAACUGGGCAUGGCUCUUCCAUUACAUUUUGUAUUCAUUAAUUCUGUGAGUUUUUCCUUUAAAAUUCUGCUAGAAGAAAGAAUAUCUGGACUAUGACUGACCAGACACAGCUGCAAGAUUUUACACAAAGAAAUAGUCAUGUCUGCCAAGAUUGCCAAACUGCUAAAAUUUAACUAUGAACCACAAAGCUAGUGACCUUGCAGUGGGGAAACUGGGUGAGCAGAGAAACUAGUUCCUUUAGUGGCAGAGUUUUCAGAAUGACCUUUUUGAUGCUGGCCGUGUCCCUUGCCAUUCCCCUACUUGGAGCCAUGAUGCUGUUGGAGUCCCCCAUAGAUCCUCAGAGUUUCAGCUUCAAAGAACCCCCUUUCAUGUUUGGUGUUCUGCAUCCAAAUACGAAGUUGCGGCAAGCAGAAAGGCUAUUUGAAAACCAACUUAGUGGACCAGAAUCCAUAGUAAAUAUUGGGGAUGUGCUGUUUACUGGUACAGCAGAUGGCCGAGUUGUAAAACUUGAAAAUGGAGAAAUAGAGACCAUCGCUCGGUUCGGUUCAGGCCCUUGCAAAACCCGAGAUGAUGAACCUACCUGUGGGAGACCCCUGGGCAUCCGGGCAGGGCCCAAUGGGACUCUUUUUGUGGUUGAUGCGUACAAGGGACUGUUCGAAGUAAAUCCUCAGAAACGUUCAGUGAAACUGCUGCUAUCCUCUGAGACGCCCAUCGAGGGCAAGAAGAUGUCCUUUAUGAAUGACCUCACUGUUACUCGGGAUGGAAGGAAGAUUUAUUUCACGGAUUCCAGCAGCAAGUGGCAGAGACGAGACUACCUGCUUCUGGUGAUGGAGGCCACUGAUGAUGGGCGCCUGUUAGAGUACGAUACUGUGACGAAAGAAGUGAAGGUUUUGUUGGACCAGUUGCAGUUCCCUAAUGGAGUUCAGCUCUCUCCUGAGGAAGACUUUGUCCUAGUGGCAGAGACAUCUAUGGCCAGGAUACGAAGAGUCUAUGUGUCUGGCCUGAUGAAAGGAGGGGCAGAUAUGUUUGUGGAGAACAUGCCUGGAUUUCCUGACAAUAUCCGGCCUAGCAGCUCUGGUGGAUACUGGGUUGCUGCUGCAACCAUUCGUGCUAACCCUGGGUUUUCCAUGUUGGAUUUCUUAUCUGACAAGCCUUUUAUUAAGAGAAUGAUUUUUAAGCUGUUCAGUCAGGACACAGUGAUGAAGUUUGUGCCACGAUAUAGCCUGGUCCUAGAAGUCAGUGACAGUGGUGCCUUCCGGAGAAGCCUGCAUGAUCCUGAUGGGCAGGUGGCCACCUAUGUGAGUGAGGCGCAUGAACAUGAUGGAUACCUGUACCUGGGCUCCUUCAGGUCUCCCUUCAUCUGCAGACUCAGUCUCCAGUCGAUUUAGCCAGCCCAGCAGCUGCCCCACUGUGCAUGCCAGAAAUCACCACACUCAGUCACAUAGGUCUGGAAGGAGCCGUGGACACACAGCUCUGUCCCUGUGCUCCUGCUAGGCCUUGGAAGUGUGGGAGUAGCUGCUGUAACCUGGAGAAGGUAUGGACCUUACCCAUACUUUCUCCCAAGAGGUGCCUCUCACCUGGACUUGAUGUCAUUUUUAGAGGGAGAUAGUGUAUCUGCUAUGGGGAAGACAAAUCAUGGAAAGCCAUUUCUCUUUAAAAAAACAUGCUAAGUACAAGAAUUCUCUAGUACCUGGAAAAUUUAAUACACCUGUCACAGGGCUCAGGGUUUGAUGAUUAGAGCAGGGGAUUAGCUGUGCAGGGACCUUUGUAUUGCCAUUGGCUCUAUCUGACACUUGUAUCUUCAUUCUAAAGGGGGUCAUGCUUUUGGGGGUGGUAUUGCAGUAUGCCAUGGAAGUGGUAAUGCAUGUGUUGAGGCAGGGAUUAUUCAAGCUGAAACUUGUUCUCAGGGGCCGUGUGAGAUGUGUGAGAAUACCUGGACUUCGGGUAUUUCUCCACAGUAAAGGUGUGCUCUCCCACCCUCUACAAGCUUCUUUCCAUGCCAGAGGGUUUUCAAGACUCCUAUUUUAGUGGCCAGGAGAAUUUCAUUGGGUUUCUUUCUGACUGCCUUCUCCACUGGAAUUGGGUGACCCAGUGAGUUUGUACCUGCACAGGGGUGUUUUAGAAAUGCCCUUUUAUGGCUUGAUUCCUUUUAGACCUACAGAUGUGAUUAGUGAACUGUUGAUAUAAUGUUUGUGCUAAUGUAAUAAGCUCAAAGUUGCUUAUUUCUUGGCAAGUAUGUUUAUACACUGGUCUUAAUUUUGAUAAUAAUAAAUCAUAUUAAACCCA